UCUUUGAUUCUGUGAUGACUCCAGCAACCUGCAGCUCAGAUCUGGUGCUUUUCAGCUUUCAUUCCUCAGGAUAUCCUUACCCAGAUCCCAUGCUUUUGCCCCAUCCUCACUUCCUCCCCAAAACCCACAUCCACACACAGCUGAAAACUCCCUGCUUUGGGGGAAUUUUGUUGUUCCUCAGGGCAUUUAAUCUGCAAAACAGGCUGCAGGUGGUUUCCCCGUGUGUUGUGAAGCUGGCACUGCCCACCUCCCGUGGGCAGUAACUGAUGAAAGGAAAACCAGAUAGGCUUUGUGACUUCCUCCUUGAAGCUGCGGGUGGGGAACUUUGUGUCUGGCCAGAGGUGUUUGUGGAUAUUCAAGGGUGAACGGCUCCGUGCUGAAGAUUUGACAGCAGUGCAAAGUCAUUGGGCUGCUCUUCCACCCGGCUCCAGAAUGAAUUUGAUUGAAAAAGGGACAUUGGGGGUGUGCUGAACAUGCCUCCAAUCCAUCAUCCCACAGGAGCAGGGAUGGGGCUUGUGCUGAUGCUGGAGGUCGCUCGUUGGUGUGCGUACUCUGCAGGGGGAUUUCUGCAAACCUACCCAUGAGCUCGGAUUUCCAGCAUUACAGUUUCAGGAUGCCGAACAUCGGGUUCCAGAACCUGCCUCUCAACAUAUAUAUCGUGGUUUUUGGCACGGCCAUCUUCGUCUUCAUCCUCAGUUUACUGUUCUGUUGCUACUUGAUCAGGCUCAGACAUCAAGCGCACAAAGAGCUUUACGCCUACAAACAGGUAAUACUGAAGGAGAAGGUGAAGGAGUUGAACCUACACGAGAUCUGUGCCGUUUGCUUGGAGGAGUUCAAGCCCAAGGACGAGCUGGGGAUCUGCCCGUGCAAACAUGCCUUCCACAGAAAGUGCCUCAUCAAAUGGCUGGAGGUGCGCAAGGUCUGCCCGCUCUGCAACAUGCCGGUGCUGCAGCUGGCACAGCUGCACAGCAAGCAGGACCCAGGCCCUCCUCAGGGUCCCCUACCUGGAGCAGAGAACAUCGUAUAGCUCUGCAUCAGCACGGACUGCCCCGGGGCUGCUGGGGGGUACCUGGAGACGACCAAAGCACUACGGCACCAGCAAAGGAGCCAAGCUGGGGACGGGAGGAUGGAGAGCUGAGAGCACUUUAGGGAAGUAGCAUCCCUGCGCCCCAAAACGGUGCUUGGCCUCGGAAUGGGGUUUUCCUCAGCGGGAACAUGGAGCUCAGUGACUGUCGGGAAGCCUCAGCAUGAUGCCUUGGGAUGGAGCUGUGCCUGAAUGCACUCAUCCCCCUCUGAGCAUCACCCAGGAGAGCCGGUGUCCGUCCCGCGCGGUGCUGUGGGCUCAGUGCCAUCCAAGGGGGGAAUUUUUCACCCCUGAUUGCCAUCCCUACUGAGGAUUGCAGUUUCUCCUCCCAAAGGGCCGCCCAGGGUUUGGGGCCGGGUGCUUUUUGGGGUGGCUUCCCCCCCCUGCUCAGUGCCACGGGCUACCUCAGGGCUCCCUUCAUCCCCACCAUGGGGCAGAGCAUCUCCUAUUGGUGCAACCACCUGGUAUCACAGCAAGGUGGGGGCAAACCCUGCCCUUUGGGUUCACGUUGAGCCUGGCUCUUUAGGUUUCCAAGCACGGAUGGCUCAGCAUCACCCAAACUCCCUCCCCAACCCUCCCCGAGUGCCAAAGCUGCUGGGGGCUGCACCACCCCCUCCUCUCCUUUCACCCCAUGGGGCAAAUUCAGCCCUUUUCCAGGCAUCGUUUCCCCCCCCCCCCCAACCCUGCAGCUCUUUAUGGAGGGGGGGGAGGGUCCCAGUUUUACCCCACAGCAGGGCUGGGUGGGCUCUGGGGGGGUCCCUCCUGUACAGACCCUGCGACUCCCAUGCCUGUCUAUGGAGCGUGGAGCCUCAUAGACGUGUUUGUACACUACAAAUUCUGCAGCAGAAUAUUUUUUUAAAAACGUUUGCUGGUUUUUUUUUUUGGUUUUUUUUUUUUUGGAGGGGGGAGGGAG